AUGCGGCUCCCAUACGCCCCCAACACCCCACCCACCGAUGGUGACGAUGCAGCCGACACUGCGGACAUCUAUGCCCGCAUCGCGGCACGAAGAAAACCGCGACCCCUCAUCCCGCUGGAUCUCUCCCUGUUGCACAGCCCACCCGUCGCUGAUGGCUGGAAUAGCUUCCUCGGUGCCAUUCGCACGCGCACCGUCGUGGACCUGGGCCUUCUCGAAUUGGCCGUGUGCCGUGUCGCCGUGCUCAAUGGCGCUGUCUACGAGUGGAAUGCCCACGCUCCCCUCGCACUGAGGGGAGGCAUUGCACCGGAGGAACUCCGGGCUUGCCGGUCAUUGCCCUGCACCGCGGAAGGUGACCUCGCUCAGUUGGAGAGUAGCGUGCUGACCCCACGCCAGCGCGCUGUGCUGCGAUACACCGACCAGAUGACUCGGACCAUCAAGGUAGAGGAUGCUGUUUUUGCCCAGCUGCAGGCAGUCGGUUUCAAUGACCGGGAGAUCGUGGAGCUGACCACUGGCGUUGCGGGAUACAAUUGCGUGAGUCGCUUCCUGGUGGCCCUGGAUGUUGGUGAGAACAACGACCGUGAGAUGAAGAGCGUGGACGAAUUGGUUGCUGCUCUGAAAUGA